AUGGCAUCUCAGAAGUUCAAGGUCCUAUUAAAUUCAAGAAUUUAGAAAGUUUAUUUAUGAACGGGACUACUUUUAACAAUAGCUUUCGUCAAAUCAUCAGACCGAUAACUACUCUAAAGAAGUUAUCAUUGCAGAAUUGUAGACUCAAUGGCACAUUACAUGAUCAAGGUUUGUGUGAGAUGAUGCAUCUAGAAGAGUUAGACAUUAGCUAUAAUGCUUUAAGGGAUACACUGCCUCCAUGCUUAGCCAAUUUGACUUCUCUUCAAUCAUUAGAUAUAUCUUCCAAUCAAAUUAUUGGAAACAUCUCUUCAUCUCCCCUUAAAGAUAUGACAUCUAUUAGAGUCCUCCGAAUUUCAAACAACCUCCUCCAAAUCCCAGUUUCACUCACACCACUCUACAACCUAUCAAAACUCAAAGAAUUCGAGAGCGAAAAUAACCAGAUGUAUAUAGAAAAAAUGCCACAUUCUCUGACCCCAAAAUUCCAAUUAAAUUCCAUCACUUUGGCUGGUUAUGGAUAUGGUGCUACAUUUCCAAGAUUUCUUUAUCAUCAAUAUGAUUUGCAAAAUGUGAAUCUCUCUCACAUCAAAUUGAAUGGAGAAUUCCCAAAUUGGUUGAUAGAGAACAAUACAAAAUUGGAAAGACUUUAUCUAUCAAAUAAUUCUCUUUCUGGGCCCUUUUUAUUGCCAACACAUUCUCACAUGAGUUUAACAAUAUUCGAUAUCUCCAUCAAUUCCUUCAGUGGACAAAUUCCUAUUGAAGUUGGCGCAUUUUUCCCGAGGCUACUGCUAUUAAACAUUUCCAGAAAUGCUUUGAAUGGUAGCAUUCCCUCUUCUUUUGGAGACAUGAGCUCAUUGCAAAUUUUGGAUCUAUCACACAAUCAGUUGUCUGGUGAAAUACCUGAGCAGUUAACUUUAGGUUGUUUUUCACUAGAAUAUCUUGUGUUAUCAAACAAUAGUUUGGAAGGUCCUAUAUUCUCCAAAAAAAUUAACUUGACAAGCUUGAUGAGGUUACAACUGGAUGGCAAUAACUUCACUGGAAAGAUCCCAGAAGUGUUGUCUAAUUGUUCUUUAUUAGAAGGAUUGUAUUUCAGCGACAACCAUCUCACAGGUAGAAUCCCAAGAUGGUUAGGGAAUCUAUCAUUGUUAGAAGAUAUUAUAAUGCCUAAUAACCAUCUAGAAGGUCCAAUUCCAACUGAGUUAUGUCAACUUGGAAAUCUUCAAGUUUUGGACCUUUCAAAUAAUAGUAUCUCUGGGAGUUUACCAUCUUGUUCAAGAAAUUUAUCUAUCAAACAACUUCACUUGUCUAGGAAUAUGCUGCAAGGACAUCUAAACAAUUUAUUCCUUUAUAGCCCUUCCUUGGUUACAUUAGAUCUAAGUUUUAAUCAGUUAUACGGUAGCAUUGCAAAAUGGAUUGACAGGCUAUCUUCCUUAAACUACCUUAUUUUAAAGAAUAAUAGUUUUGAAGGUGAAGUGCCAACUCAUUUGUGUAAGCUAAAUCAACUACGUUUGAUAGAUCUUUCCCAUAACAAUUUUUUCGGUCAAAUUCCUUUUUGCUUACUUGAUAGAGAAGAUAGUGAUGCUAAAGCUCCAACUUCAAGUUUUGCUCCUGCACCAGAUGGAGGUGGUCCGAGGGGAAAAGAGGAAACUAUUCCGUUCACAACAAAGAAUGUAUCGUACUUAUACGAGGGAAAAGUUCUCACAUACAUGUCCGGAAUUGAUCUUUCUUGCAAUAAGCUUACAGGUGAGAUUCCUUAUCAAAUUGGAUUGCUUACAAGGAUUCAUACAUUGAAUCUUUCUCACAACAAUUUGACGGGAUCAAUCCCAAUGACAUUUUCACACCUUCAGCAAAUUGAAAGCUUAGAUCUUUCCUACAACAAUUUGAAUGGGAAAAUUCCUCCUCAAUUGGUAGGAUUGUAUACUUUGUCCUUCUUCAGCGUGGCAUACAAUAACUUAUCUGGUAAGACUCCUGAGAUGAAUUAUCAAUUUGCAACCUUUGGAGAAAGUAGUUAUGAGGGGAAUCCUCUUCUUUAUGGACCGCCACUUCCCAAAUGUGAUGCAAAUGGAUCAUCAUCAUCAAUGCCAAGAGCUUCAACUGAAAAUGAUGAAGAUAACAAUUUCAUUGACGUGGAAAUCUUCUAUAUCAGUUUUACGGUGUCCUACAUAAUUGUGCUCUUAGGAAUUGCUACAAUUUUGUACAUAAAUCCUUAUUGGCGACGUGCGUGGUUUUAUCAUGUCGAGAUGUGGACAACCUCAAGCUACUAUUUUGUUGUAGACCAUCUCCCUACGCCAUUACAUCUUCGAAGAAUGUAGUUUAGUUAUAUGUACGUUUCUUAUAUGUACUUUUCUUUUCCAAUGUUCUCUAAUGAAGCUGCAAUCAUGAGGUUAAUUUACUGGAACUUCGCAUA